CAGCUCCCGUAGCCAAGGCAGGAUGAACGGGACGGAGGGGAUCAAUUUUUAUGUGCCUAUGUCCAACAAGACGGGGGUGGUGCGGAGCCCCUUCGAGUACCCGCAGUACUACCUGGCCGAGCCCUGGAAAUACCGCCUCGUGUGCUGCUACAUCUUCUUCCUCAUCUCCACCGGCUUCCCCAUCAACUUCCUCACCCUGCUGGUCACCUUCAAGCACAAGAAGCUCCGGCAGCCCCUCAAUUACAUCCUGGUCAACCUGGCGGUGGCUGACCUGUGCAUGGCCUGCUUUGGCUUCACCGUCACCUUCUACACCGCCUGGAAUGGCUACUUCGUGUUCGGCCCCAUCGGCUGUGCCGUGGAGGGAUUCUUUGCCACGCUGGGAGGCCAGGUCGCACUGUGGUCGUUGGUUGUCCUGGCCAUCGAGCGCUACAUCGUCAUCUGCAAGCCCAUGGGCAACUUCCGUUUCUCUGCCAGCCAUGCCAUGAUGGGCAUCGCGUUCACCUGGGUCAUGGCCAUCUCCUGUGCCGCCCCUCCGCUCUUUGGCUGGUCCAGGUACAUCCCGGAGGGGAUGCAGUGCUCCUGCGGGCCCGACUACUACACCCACAACCCCGACUUCCACAACGAGUCCUACGUGCUCUACAUGUUCGUCAUCCACUUCAUCAUCCCCGUCGUCAUCAUCUUCUUCUCCUACGGGCGCCUCGUUUGCAAAGUCCGGGAGGCAGCUGCCCAGCAGCAGGAAUCGGCCACGACCCAGAAGGCGGAGAAGGAGGUGACGCGGAUGGUGAUCCUCAUGGUGCUGGGCUUCAUGCUGGCCUGGACGCCCUACGCCGUGGUGGCGUUCUGGAUCUUCACCAACAAGGGCGCCGACUUCACAGCCACGCUGAUGGCAGUGCCUGCCUUCUUCUCCAAGAGCUCCUCCCUCUACAACCCCAUCAUCUACGUGCUCAUGAACAAACAGUUCCGUAACUGCAUGAUCACCACGAUCUGCUGCGGCAAGAACCCCUUUGGGGAUGAAGACACCUCCUCUGCCGUAUCCCAGAGCAAGACCGAGGUCUCCUCUGUCUCCUCCAGCCAAGUAUCACCCGCAUAGAGCAUGGACAGUUUGAACUGGGGUGACCUGCCGAGCUCGGGGACCCAGACAGACACCCCACAUCCUCUCCCUCGCGCCCCUGCCCCCCAUCCCUGCAGGAGAAUUUAGCUGUGCCCGUCCUGCCGUAGCAUGCCCUGCGCAGACCCCACCCCACACGGGGAUCCACA